UAAGUAUUAUGGUGAAUAUAAAGAAAUAAAAAAUACAUUAAAAAAAGCACGUAAAAUGCAUGCAGAGUAAACUAAAUUAGCAAUGUACCGAGUUAGAUUUACUCGGUGGUGUUCGAUCAUUGUCGUUACGUCUCGGCUUAAUUCAGAUAAGUGCAGACAGGCGGACUGCCGAUAGACAGUGCGGUUUGUUGUUUUCAAUUUGACUUUCGGUUUGACUCGAUUCGAUUGACGAAGAUAGUGGUAGAGCAAUAGUCGCUACAACGUAAUGGCCAGAAAGGUAAAAUUUAAUACUCUUUUUUAGCCUUUGUAGUAAAUUUUUUUAUUUAUUUCUAGUAUUUACCCACAGAAUAAAAGAUGAGUAAAAAAAGAGAAUGCAAAUUUAAUGAAGAGCUAAGCAGAGAAUUUCCAUUUAUUAAAAAAACCAAAAUAGACUAUAUGGUACGGUGUGAUAAAUGCAAUGCUGAAUUUUCGGUCUCACAUGGUGGAAAAAACGAUAUUACUAAACAUCUAGCGACAAAGAGGCACAAAAGAUUUUUGAAUAAUGCCGCUUCCUCGUCUGAAAUGGAACAGUUUUUUCGCACUGCUAGCUUUGGCAACACGGAAAAACAGCUAGCAUUAGCGGAAGGGCUAUUUGCUUUCCACACCAUAAACCUUGAUCUCGAAAUCAAAGUUUCAGAUCAAUGAAUUCUACGUCGCAAAUGAUCAAAACAUUAUACGACAAAAAAUAUGCAUGUGCAAGGACAAAAACCGAAGCAAUUAUUUGUAAUAUUUUUUCACCAUAUUCGUUUUCACAAUUGCAGAAAGAAUUAGAAAAAUGCGCAUUUAUAUCCAUGAAUUCUGAUGCUUCCAACCACAAAGAUUUAAAAUUAUUUCCCACAAUUGUUAGAUUUUUUGAUCCAGAAACAGGAAUUAAAUAUAGAAUAUUAGAUUUUGUUUCAUUGCCGAGUGAAACUUCACAAAUAAUUUUUGAUUCACCAAAGAUCUUUGUGGGUGCCUCCUCCUCCUGAUAGAUUUGAGACAAAGCCUCACAUGAAAAGGUCUCCAGCCUCUCUCGAUCAUGUGCCACGAUGUGCCUUAAACCCACAAGACAGUGCAAGCACAGGAAAUUCUCGAAAAGGUGACGGAAAACCUUUCUCUCGAUUUCCUGCCAACCGAGGCUCUGGUAGUGGCCACUCACACAAUGUACAAAGGCCCAUAAAGCAAGAGUAUUCCUCUGCUCAAGAGUGGAAUAGCACAUUUGACAACAGCAAUACUUCUUGGGAGAGUGAAUGGCCCCCUCCUUCGAGUUCUCCUUUUGCCAAGCAACCCCAAAGUGGAGGAGGUUAUUACAAGCAAAGAAGCACACCUUUAUCCUAUCAUUCCUCCAGCAACGACUGGUCUACAGGUGAUUCAUCUACCAGUAGUUCUGCUCCAUCAAGUUAUGGUGGUAUGUCUCAGCAGCCAGCAUCAAGUGCCUCUUACUAUGAGAACAAUAAUUUCUAUGGUGGUUACAAUUAUGACUCCAAUAACCCAGGAGGUUAUAUGCAACCUCCCUAUAGGAGCUCACACCAUCCAUACCAUCAUCCUGCUGUGAGGCCAUGUGAUCCAUACAAUGGCAACAGAAAUCCGUCCAGUUGCCCUCCAUCUCAAGUGAAGCAGCCCGAUUAUAGUCAACGAAAUUCAAGAUAUGGAAUGGAUAACACUUUCAAUAAAAUGCAAAUAAAAAAAGAACCUGAAGACUAUGCAGAAACAGAAGGAGAUAAUUUUACAUCUCUUUUUACUAAAAGCUUAACAUCCCUGUAUUCUGAGGAUCCAGAUAAUGCCUACAGGGAAGAAGGCAAAUCCUAUGAACCAGAUAUUAUUGUAUGCUCACCUACCCCUCCUACUAUGUCCAACAUGGAGGAGUCAUCAGCUAACUAUCAACGACUGGCGCCAUCUAGUGGGCAUUACAACUCCAACCCUGGAAACUAUCAAGGGCCAAGAAACAAUAAUUUUUCUUUCUAUGAAAAUAGAACUCAGAACUCUGAGCAUUCUGCAGAUGUAGUUGAACUGGGUUCUGAAAGUGAACGAGCUAAUUCAUUUAGGUAUGACAGACCCUCAUUUGAUGAUAUGCAUUUGUAUGCUUCCCCUAAUGAUACCAAAAAUCAGGCUAAGAAACGUAAACUUUCAAUGCCAAAUAUUACUCCUGAAACAGAUGGGCGUAGAAAAGCUCCACGUUUGUCAUCAUUUAAAAGUGAUUCACAAUGGACACCCAAUUCAUUCAUAUUUAGUGAUAUUCAAGUAAAACGAGAACCAGAGGAUGAUUAUCCAGUUCUUGAAAAAGAAUCCCAAAAUAAUAAAUUGUUAAUGCAAGAUAGCUCAUUAAAUAGUAAUGGAAAUAGCAAUAAUAAAAGUCCAUCACAGCAAUCAGAUCACAAACCAGCGCCUAGAAAAAGAAGCCCUGCAGCCACUUGCUUUGAUCGUUUUGAAAAAAAAUCAACUCCAACCAAUAAGAAGGUGUCUCCUUUAUCUCUUUAUGCCAAAGUCCAAGAUAGCAUUGUUUUAAGUGUCAAAUGCAGGCGUUACAAGAAGAGAACAAAACCCAUUGUUAACAAGGAAGAAGUUGUUUAUCCUGGUAGGGAGGAAAUCGAAAACUGGAAAAGAACUGGAGCCUAUAGUCAAACUCCUGACCAUGCUGUUCGUAUUUUAAUGGGAGAGCUCCUAGAAAGAGUAUCUCAAAUUGAUGGAAAGAACAUUACUAAUGGACCAGACUUAAUGCAGCUGGAUCCCCUAAAAGUUCGGGAAUUAAUUUUUCAAUUUUGUCAGAGGUACUCAAUUGAUUUUAGGGACUUUGAAGAUAUUAAUACUGUCUUAAAGCCUCGAAUAGUUCAAGAUAAAAUGGCAAAAAACUCAGAACGGGCUUCCGCCAUCCGAAAAAGGACCAGUAAUUCUCCAGUUCAGCAAGAAGCUAAAGAACUGGCUAGUAAAACGACGAAAACAGAAAAGGUUGGCAGGAAAGCUAACAAAGUGGGUCUUAAACCGACGGCAAAAAGAAUUUUACGAAACUUACCAGGUCGAGAGCAGUUACCAGAAGAAACACUGGAGACUGAAAUUAGACAAAGCCGUAAGCGUACUAAGACUCCCGUUGUUAGAAGGCGGUACUCUACAAGAAGCGCCAAAGAUAUGAAUAGUAAAGAUAGCGAUGUUGAUAUUGUUAUAGAUUCAUCUACAGAUGGUGAGAGCGAGGCCGGCAAGGAAGCGGAAGUCCCAAAAAAAUCUGAUAGACUUAAAAAUAAGCAACCGGUUGUAGAGAAGCCGGCCAAAGAUAAAAGCUCUGAUAGAACGGUAAAUGUCUUUAAAGAAAUGAAAAAGAUUGAAUCCAAUUCGAAAUCUAAAGAAAAAAGUAAGGAACGUGAAAAAUCUAAAGACUCUGUUAAAUUAACUCCAAAAAAGAAAUGGUCACGUUCUAAUAAUGAUUCCCGUGGAAUCUUGCGUUCAUCUUCAAUUGAAAUUGUUGACAUUACAAGAAGUGAUUCUUCAAGUCCCUCUGAGCCUAAUAAAGAUGUGGAUGAAUCACAAGUUUCAUCAAAGCGCAUGAAAAAGUUCAAUAGGAAAUCUAGAAACUCAUCAACAGGGUCUAAGGACUCAUCUUUAAAAUUCAUUGACAAAUCUGGUUUGGAUGGCUCCAAAAAGCAACCUAAAGAUCAAGAUAAAAAGCUUGAACAAAAUAAAAGUCGAUCGCAAAGUGGAAAUAGCAUUAAGAACAAAAAUAAUACUAAAAAUUCAAAAGACUAUACUAAAUUAGUGAGCAAUGAUGUAUCAAAUUGUAGUGUAACAAGGAGGAGACGAUUUAGAUCAUCUAAGUUUAAUGAAAUUGAAUUUGAUAUAUCUAAUAGCAGUUUGAGUAAGAUUUCAAAACAGAAAGAAUCCAAAUCAGCAAAAAAUAACGAAAUAAAUGUUGCAAUAGAACAUAAAACAGAUAGUUCUAAGAUGAAAAAAGAAAAUCAGCAGCCUGAUAUUAAUAAAAAAACUAGCAAUUCUCUUCAUGCUAAAAGGAAAAAUAGUGAUGUAUUAUCUAAAUCAAAAAAGGGAUCUGAAAAUAUUGGAGAAAGUGACAAAGUAAAGAAUUCUGUUCGUCAAAACAAUGCAUCAGAAAAAGAAACGACAAAGAAUGAAGAUGCACAAACUUUAAAUAAAAAUCUCAAACUACCUAAUACAAAAGCUGAUAAUUCUAAAACAAAAAAGUCCAAUGAUGAUGAUAGGGACAGUUCUCAUGAUGACAUAAAAAAUACUGAUAAAAAGGAUUUGUUGGAAAGUGAAGCAACAGUGAAUGGGAAAUUGAGUGCCUUGUCAAGGAGUAGCAAAACAAAACCAUUGCAAAAGCAAACUGAUGAACCUUCAAAUGAAGUUGAUAACUCUUCCUUUAAAUUAGUUUCUAAAAUUAAAGAACCUUUAUCUUCUGUUUUAAAAGAACCAAAACAUAUUGUGUUUUCAAACAAAAGAGGAAGUAAAGUUGUACAGAUAGCAGUUAAUAAACCUGAUAUCAUUAAAAAUUCAUUUUCUGAGGAUACAGAAAACAUUAAUAAUGAAGACAAGGCAGCGAAAAACUCCGCUCAGUUGCAAAUUAAAAAAUUAACUCGAAGACAAAGCUCUCAACAUUCUGAUUCUGAACCUCAGGUAGUUCUUAUGAAGUUACCCGAUGUUCACAUAAAUUCAGAGAAAAGCACUAUUCCACUUGAGUUUUUUGAGCGUUAUGUUUCAAAAGAGAUUAAUAGAUAUUAUGUUCCAGAGGAAGUCAAAAGCAAGAGUUCAGAUGACAAUUCUAGUGUGGGAAGUCCACCAGAAUUGGUGUGUAUGGAAGAUGUGUGCAAAGAUGUCAAGGCGAUGGAACAAGACAACAUAUCUAAAAUGAACUUAGACCAAAAAGAUGAAUUAUCAUCACCUCUUCCUCUUAUACACUGCAAUGAACCAAUAACUUCUGAAAAGAAAAAAUCUAACAAAGGAAUGACACCCAUAAAGCAGCUGCGUUAUUCAGCAGAUUCGGAAGAUUCAGAUUAUGGAUUGGUCAUUGAUUUAGAUAGGAGGACUUCUGUUGAGGAAGAAUCUUAUACACCUGCUGGUUCCACCUGCAAUGAAGAUAUUAAGAAAGCAUCUCAAAACUGUAAUUCUGAAGAUUUUCCUAUUUUUGAUAGAACUGCAGUAAACAAUCAGUCUGAAAUGAGUUGUGAUGAGAAUAAGGAACAGAAUGAAGUGAUGGUUGAGUUAGCUAAAAAAUCAUUUUCUGAAGAAACAUUUGAAAGGAAAUCAAUCAUUGUUAACAAUUGCCUAAAAUCAGAAAGGACAGAAUCUCAAGAUGCUAUGUCAGAAAAUGCUUCUCUCGAAACUUCUGCUAAAACUGAAAGUUGUGAGCAUGCUUUAAUGGAAGGAAAGUCUGAACAAAUGAACACUCAGCAACAAAAUAGAGUUGAAUCUAUUCUCCGUUCACUGUUGUUAGAAAGGACAAGUGAUGGGAGUACAAGUUCAUCUCAGCCAUCUACUUCUUCUGGUUUAUCUAAAGACUCAAAAGCCAGGAUUCAUGAAGAUGUUAGGCAAUUGUUGCUAAGCCAAGGAAAGCAAGAUUCCUUUUUAGCUGAUCCUGAGAUUCUUGAUCCUCAAACUUUGUCAGAUGAAGUUCAAUCAACUUAUGAGGAUUUAAAAAUGGCUCUAGACCAGUUGCCAGACAUUAAUACCAAUCUGUUGUCCGAUACAGAAGAUUGGGUUUAUGAUUCCAAAAUAUUCAAGGAUAAGCUUGAAAGGUUGAAACAUGAAAUCAUGUAUUUGCAAUGUGUGGCAUAUCAAAAGGAGAAAGAACGCCUUGGCAUGAUUUGUUUAAAGAGGGAACCCCUUGAAAAACCAGCAAUUCUGAAAGAAAAUGACUUUUUGACAACAUCUUGGGAAAAAUUGUGCUAUUUGGUGCAAAACCUGGAAAAUUGUAUAAAGAGCCUAGAAAACAACCUCUUUCCUAAAUACAUGGAAGAAGUGAUGAAAAGAUUGAUAAAAAAGUAUCAUAUGGAACAAAUGAAAUUCAAGAGACAAAAAAAUGGUGAAUCUUCAACAUCAUACUUGUCAUCUGAACCUUCAACAUCUAGUGGAACCAAUGAUUAUCAAUCACACUCUUUACUUUGCCGUCAUUUUCUUCAAAUGGCAUCCAUUGCAUUGUCCAUUGCCAAAAGUGGAGUGGCUGCAGCUCUAAUGGCGAAUGAAGAAAGGUCUUCAUUUUUGUCUGGGGAACAGUUGCCUACCGUGGAAUCUAUGGUUGCCAAUGCGACUGAAAACUAUGGAAUUGAUAUGCGAAUUGUAAAAAAAUGCAAUUCUUCUGUCAAACAGACUAUUCUGGAACAGGUUUUGUCAUCUAAAGAGCCAACUUACAGUCAAACAGGGACUUCUUCGUCAAAUAGUGAUGUAAAGAAUUCCAAAUUGAGUUCCCUUUCACCACAGAAAUCGAGUAAAACACCAAAACCUAUACCUUCCAGUAAUGAAUCUCCUUUCAAACCAUUUUGUCCACCUUCAGAAGCGGCUGAUGAUGCUCUGCCGCACAAGAUUUUGCUCAAAGCUCUGUCUAAAGACUCAGGCAACAGUCAAAAUCCUAGUCAAUCUUUACAAACUGUGAAACCAGAGGUGAAAAUAACUACACCAAGCUAUCCAUCAACUAGUUAUCAAGAGGACUAUCCGUUGGAUUUUUCAUUAGAUAAAAAAUCAUCAAACAUUCCAUCUGCUUCAGGAAGCCCUUUUGGCGAGAAACAAAAAAGCAGCUCUAAAUCUAGUCUCAAGCAUCAUUCAAACAUAUCUUACUCAAUCUGGAAAAGCACACAUCCACCAAAAAAUAAAGCAGCAUCCAUAGAUUUAAGGGUGGUGGAUCAUGUGAAAGAAACUAUUUCACCUUCUAAAAACUCAUCUGCCAGUUCGCGUUGUUCUAACAGUCCAAACUUUGCUAUGAAAUCCUCAUCAGCCAAUCAUCCUGACUUAUCUCAAAAACACAUGUCAAACAGUUUCCACCAGCAAAGAUCAGGGGGUGCUAAUCAGUUAACUACAAUAGCUAAUCAUCCAAAAAUGCCACCAGAAUCAGUGUCUUAUCAACACAAAACGGAACGAGGUCAAACUGAUGAACGUUUAGUGAAAGCAAAUUUUGACCAAAAAUAUAUAGGCAAGAAAGAAGAAGAACGGCGAGCAAUGUCCUAUUCAUCAUUAGUCACAUAUGGGGGGCAAAACACUGCCCCGAGCAUACCACCAGGGAUGAUGUCUCCUAAUGGCAGUCCGUAUAGAUGCAUGGGGUGUGGUAUAUCUGAUGCCAAGUUCCUUUGUUCCGGAUGCAGAGAACAUUGGUAUUGCAGUGCACAAUGCCAGAACAUGAGAUGGCCUGAUCAUGCAUUGGCUUGUCCUGGAAAUAUGUACAGCAGUAAUGCAGGAUCAAGAUAUGUUCGAAGUCCUAAAAAUUCUGAACAUUGACAUUUUACCAAAGGAAAAAAAAAUCUGUAAAUUUUAUUAAUUAAUAUGGGAUGACCAGGCUAAAGGUUAUUUUUCAGUUUUACAAAUUUUGUAAAAAAAAUAUUAGCUGAAAGGAAAUAUUUAUGUUUCGCAUAAUAACAGAAACAUUUAAUAUCUGUGUUAUUUAUCUGGAGUUAAAAGUUUAAAAAAAAUCUUAUUUUUAAUCGAUCAUUCAAGAAAAUAAUAAUGAAUAAACAUUAUUUAAAUUUCCUGAUGUAAAAGUAUAUGUCUUUAUUAGAAUUUGAUGUACAUACUAUUUACUCUAGUUGAUAAAAAUUUUGUAUGUAAUAUAUAAAUAUCUAUCUUCAGGUAUACUUGUUCUUAUUUUCAGCGAAAUGGGUGGUGGCUUGCAUGAAUGAAAGGUAUAAAUGUGGAUAAUGGAGUGGCAAAAUUUCUAUUUUUUGAUCUCUAAAAUUAUCAUUAUAAACUUUUGAUUUUUCUUACCAUAUGGAAUUACAAAUUCAUUUUUAGAUUAUUUCUAGAAUAUUCAAAAUUUGUUACAAUAAUUUUUAUGAAUCAUCGGUGUUUCUCAUAAUACAUCUCAACAAACUUUUGCAAUUAUGUAUUGUUUACUUCAAGAUAACAUUCUUCCUGCUAAUAAACUGAAAAUGUGCCCAACUCUAACUGUACAUUUUUAAUAAAAGUUGAAAUACCCAAAAUAUCUCAUGAGAAGAAAGAAUUAAAAUGCUUGGAAUAGUCACAAAUAUAAAUUUUGGGGAAAUAUGACCUCCUUACUUAUAAAUAACACCUUGUCUGGCCAGUAAAAUUUUCCCUAUAUAUUCCCUUUGGAAGGAAUUUUAAUUCAACACAUUGCAUUAUUUUAUUGGGUUGUCAAUGAAAAGAUGAACAAUAUUAUCACUUAAAUCAUUCUGCUGGCGGGGAAAAGUUAAUGAACAAAAAUUUGAAAUUGAUGCUAAUCUAAGACAUUUAAUCGUUUUCUUUCACUUAUAGAACAUUUUGUCGCUCAUGUGUGUAAAACUUGAGAAUAUUAAUAAUUGUGAUUAUAAUAUUUCCUAUCAUGACAGUAGAAAAUAGAAAAAGCAAGUGCAUAAGUUCAGGGGAAAAAAAAAAACAUAACAUCUCUUUUCUUGUGAAUUUUCUGAUUCUAGAAGUAGUCUAUGUGUAAAUAUUUAGAUUAUAGAGUUUGUAUAUUUAGUUGUAGAUAUAAUAAAAUCUGUUUUUACAGUUCUGGUAAGAAUUGUGCCAUUUUUAACUUUCUUUUAUACAGUGUAUAUGGUCAUCCCAUAUUAAAUAACUUUUUAUCUGAAAUGAUAUUAUUCUGUAUACUGCCAAAAUUGUGUAUUACCUGUUAAUUAUUGAUUUAUUAAAAUAUCAUAUCCUUAUGCCACAUUCAGAAUUAUUCUGAUUUUCAUUCUGUAUAAUUUAUUUCAUCAUCUGAUGGAUGUUUUGUGCCAUUUAAAUGUGGAUUUUUUUCUGUCAUAACGAUAAUAAAAUUUCAAACAAUAUCAUUUUUAUACAUUGUUUUAAACUUUAUUUUAUUAUUUUGUAAAAUGCUAACUUAAAUAAACUUUGUUUUUCCUCUAAGUAUUAAAAGUAUCAGUUCAACAUUAUUAAAUUAUAUCCACUUUUUAAUCAUCCAAAUAUAACUUUAAUGCAACAUUUUGUGCACAGCAAGUUUUUUAAACUUUUCAUAAACUGAAUAUUAAUUGUUAUAAAAGUUUUGAUUCUCAUUUUUCUCUCUCGUUUAUUUAUUGUUUUCUAUGUAACUAGAGAUGAAUUAUUAUUUAAGUUCCUAAACUUUCUCAUCUUUUUAUUCAACUGUAUUAUGCUUAGAAAGUCAGGCAAAUUGAGCUUUAUAAAUGAAAAACAAAUUAAGAUGGUGGUCCAAAGAAUAUCAUUUCAAAAAACUCUUUAUUAAUACAUAUAGAUGUUUUUGUAAGAUUACUUGUAAAUAUGUGUAUGAAAUAGUUUUCAUUGCUGUGCAAGCACCGUGUAUUCAUUAAUUUUUCGCACUUAGUUGUAAUAAUUAACAGACCAAGUUUAUAGUAAUUGUUCUCUGUAGUAGUAAAAUCAUAAGUAUUAGGAUUUCUAAAUCAAAACAGAGCUCCGUUUUACCUCUAGUUUUUUUCUUAUUAUCUUUUCUCUUGAUUAAUUGAUUUGUGCCAUCUUUUCUUUUGAUUAAUAAAUAUUUUGAUAUUGGUGAAAUAAAAAUUUUAUUUUUUAAAAAAUUUUGCAAUUUUAAUACCUAAUAUUCAUAUAGUCGACUUACUUAAUUUAAAAUGUUAGUGUUUGAAGUAGUUAAGAACUCUUGUAUAUUAUUGCCUUUUAUUUCAUGUACAGAAUAGUUCUGGUUAAAUUUUAAUAUCAAAAUAUGUAAUUAGAAAAUUUCUAUAUUUCCUUAUAUAUUGGAUUGUUUUUCCAAUUUUUACAUUGUUUUGAAAUUUUCAUUACUCUAAAGAAAUGUGCCAUCAUUCUUUAAAAAUUAUUGUAUUCAUUAUUAAUCGCAUUUGAUAAUUUUAUAUUACCAGUGUUGAUAAUUAUGGUAUUUUAGUAUUUUUCCUAAGACAGUAUUUUAAAUAUAUCGUGAGAAUUUUUAAAAUAUCAUUAUCACAAUGAUUUAAUAAUAAUGACAUUUCAUAAUUUUACCCAGCUCUAAAUCAGAUAUUAGAUUUUUUCUAGGUUAAAAAAAAGAAAUAUAAAACGUGUUUUUGUUUAAUUUUAACUAUUCUAAAUACUCUUUUUUUUUCAUUAAGAAAAUUACCAAUGAUGCAAUAGCUUUUUUUGGUAAUUAUAAUUAAAAUUUUGUUAUUUUAAAACAUUAGGAAUUGUUAUUUGUUUAAAAGAUUAUAAAAUAUUUUUGUUCACAUCUGUUGAAUAGAAUUAGUGCAAUUUUUACGUAUUUAUUGUGUUAUGUAAAAAAAGGAAGAAAAAAAAAUCACAUUAAUUAAUUUCAUUUUUGUAGAAUAUUAUGAAUAUCUAAAUUUCAAAUCUUUAUUAAUUUACUGAACUGAAACAUGUUGAUAAUUAAAUAUGUUUAUUGUGGUUUAAUUAUUUAAGUAAAAAUGGUAGAAAAUGAAAAUUUUGUAUUCUACUCAUAUUUCUUAGGUCCAGCAAUUUUUGAAAUGACAUUUAAAUUUAAAAAUUAAUGUUAAAAAAUAAUAAUAAAAAUUAAUUAUUGAAAAUAAAUUUUAAAAAAGUGCUUGUGUUAAUUUGACAUAUUGAAUUGUGUUAUUCUAUAGCUCAUAUAAUUGCAGUAUUUCUUUUUAAAACAAGACAUGGUUUAUCCAACAUAAAAAGUCAGCAAUAUUAUUAAAAAUUUUGUUUCAUUACCUUUUAAACUAAUUUGUGUACAUAAAAUAUUUUUCAUGUGUUUAGUUAGAAUCCCUCCACGUGUGCUUUUGUGUGCCAGUAUGAAAGUUCUUAUGCGAUAUUAAUUCUAUGUAUCUGUUGUGUUUGCUUAACCAGUGCAAUAUGUUGGCUAAUGAAUGUAAAAAUAAAAUGAAUCUACUGUUACUUAUUUA